CGUGAAAACCCGCGCUUAGUCAGCUCUAAACUGACGCCGGGGCGUCAGUGUAUUGGGACCCGACUCAGAUCGCCCUACUUACAUAAGCUUCAAAGGCUUCCAAAGCCAAAGGAUAAGGUUUUCGACGCCCACGAAUCCGUUUUCCAGAAGAACCCAAACCAUCCACCCCACCCGGUCGGGGUACGCUAUGCUGAAGCGCCUCUUUACGAGCCCACAAUUGCGAAGCGCAUCAAAAGCCACCUGCCACACGCACUUUCAGCCACGAAACAUGGCCUCCAGAGUCGCAGAAGAUACCUGUGGGUUCCCAGAAGGGAUGGACGUGGAAGAGCGAUUCCAUGCGAACGCACGUGGUGGGCGUGCCCCACGAGGAACCGGUCGUGGAAGAGGGAGGGGUGGUCGAGGCGGUGGGGGAAGGAUGAACCGUGAGAUGGAGGUUUCGAAGGCUCUGUCCAAGCUUCUGCGUCAUCAUGCUGAAGAGGCCGGUGUGAAGUUGGAUAAUGAGGGGUUUGCUAGAUUGGACCAAGUGGUGAGUUCUUACGUUCUUUUUAAUCUAGAACACACAUUUUAUAUCAAUUCCCACCCUGCUCUCACUGCUGGCGUUCAACUGGUAGGACGGGUGGAUUUCAUAUAUUGUCUGGUCUCGUGAUAUUUACAUGACCAUUCUGAAUUCCCUCGAUUCUUCCUAAUUUUUGUAUUUCCAAACACAAAUGUCACUAACAAACCACCUAGCUCUCAUGGUCCCGCCUGAAAUCCCUCCAAGUGACUUUCCCAGAAAUCCUCACAGCAGUAAACGACAAUGCCAAAAACCGUUUCUCCAUGAAACCCAAUCCAACCCUCUCGCCUCCACCGGAAGCAACUUCCACCGAACCCAGCGACUGGGUAAUCCGCGCCAAUCAAGGUCACAGUAUCGCAAUCAAUUCCGAGGCUCUUCUAAAACCCAUCACCCUCACGUCCGAAAAUAUACCUGAGAUAGUCAUUCACGGUACCUAUUUUGCAUUCUAUCAAGCGAUUCUGGAAUCUGGUGGCUUGAAGAAAAUGGGUAGGACGCACAUUCAUUUUAGUACUGGUCUUCCGGAUGACGAGGUAAAAGUGAUUAGUGGGAUGAGAGGAGAUGCCGAGUUAUUGAUCUAUAUUGAUAUCAAGAAGUCUCUAGAGGAUGGAAAGACGCUGUGGUGGGUUAGUGAGAAUGGGGUGGUGUUGACAGAGGGAGAUGAGAAUGGUGUGCUGAGUACCAAGUACUGGACGAAGGUUGUAGGACGAAGGGAGGCAGAAUGUGGUGUUCUUUGGCAGGAUGGUGAGAAGCUCCAGGAUUUGCCCGAGGGGUUGAAGAAUCGCAAAGCACCUUUCGGAAAGGGACAUCUGCCGAAGAGUAGAGGUCAUCAGGAGAGAGGUAGAGGUAGAGGUGGCCGAGGCCGUGGAAGAGGUGCUGGCGAUUAUAAUCCCCCCAGCACAGAAGGCGUAGCAAACUCAUAGUAGCUACAUACAAAUAAAUCCAAAAUCGUGCAUACAGUACA